UACAUAUUUUUUAUAGCAACUACUGCGUUCUAAUGACAUAAAUAUAUGUAUUUCAAAAAAUAUACCAAAUAGAAUUUAAAAUAUAUAAAUAUAUAAUUAAAUUAAAAUUAAAAAAUAUAUUUAAUGAUAAAACAAAUACUAAAAAGAUACCAAUAAAAUAUCAAAAGGAUAUUAUAAUGUAAUUUCAAAAAAACAAAAUCACAUAAAUAAUUUUUUUUGAAAAAAAAAAUAAAAGAAUUGUAAAAAAAAUAAUCACCGUAAAAGUAAAAAUUUGCUUCCGCUUUAUUGUAAUCAUGUAAUUGUCCGUUAAAUUUAUUCUUGUUUAAGCUUUGGGCUUAAAAGCCUUCUAAAAAUAAAUUUGGCACAGAUCCAUAUUACAAGAAUACCCGACCCAGCCCAUCUAUUCACCCGCCAACUUGUUCAAAAAUCCAGACCUCAAAUCGCGCAUUUUUCUGUAACUACCAAAACAGACACACUUUUAAACUCUGGCUCUUCACUUCUCAAUCUCUAACAAUGGCAGAUCUAAUAGAAACCUUCGCAUGCGCUCCUUCAACAGAGCGCGGCCGAGGAAUUCUCAUCUCAGGCGAUCCAAAAUCCAAUUCCAUUCUCUACACUAACGGUAGAUCCGUUAUUAUCCGUUACCUCAACGAUCCCUUAAAAGUCCAUGUGUACGGCGAGCACGGUUACCCUGUCACCGUCGCUCGUUACUCCCCUAACGGAGAAUGGAUCGCAUCGGCCGACAUUUCCGGAACCAUUAGAAUAUGGGGGACACACAAUGAUUUCGUCCUUCAUAAAGAAUUUCGUGUCCUUUCCGGUCGGAUCGAUGAUUUGCAAUGGUCUCCCGAUCAGUUAAGAAUUGUUGCGUCUGGUGACGGCAAGGGGAAGUCUCUUGUUCGCGCUUUUAUGUGGGAUACAGGAAGUACUGUUGGGGAUUUUGAUGGCCAUUCCCGGAGGGUUUUAAGUUGUGCUUUUAAACCGACAAGACCAUUCCGGAUCGCCACAUGUGGAGAGGAUUUCAUAGUGAAUUUUUACGAGGGUCCACCUUUUAGGUUCAUGCUGUCUCACAGGGAGCAUUCCAAUUUUGUCAAUUGUGUUAGAUUUUCUCCGGAUGGCAGCAAAUGUAUAAGUGUAGGCUCAGACAAGAAAGGGAUUAUAUACAAUGGAAAGACUGGAGAAAUAAUUGGACACUUGUCUCAAGAACAGGGUCAUGCAUCCAGUAUAUAUGCUGUUAGUUGGAAUCCUGACAGUAAACAAGUACUUACUGUCUCAGCUGACAAGUCUGCAAAGAUAUGGGAGAUUUCUGAGAACGGUGAUGGAAGUGUGACGAAAACGUUGGUAUGUCCCGGUUUUGGUGGAGUUGAUGACAUGCUGGUUGGAUGUCUUUGGCAAAAUGAUUAUCUUGUUAUCGUUUCCCUUGGUGGCACAAUUCAUUUAUUUUCAGCAACUGAUCUUGAUAAACCGCCAGUAUGCUUAUCUGGGCACUUGAAAAAUGUCAACGCAUUAACUGCAGUCCAAAGUGAGCCAAAGGUCAUUUUGACAAGCAGCUUCGACGGACACAUUCUUAAAUGGAUUCAAGGUCAUGGGUACACUGGGAAAAUAGAGAGAAAGGAUAAUGCUAAACUUAAGUGUUUAACUGCUUCUGAACAAGAGGUUGUUGCAUCUGGAUUUGACAACAGGGUACGCAGAAUUCCUCUAAAUGAGGAUGGAAGUAGAGCAGAAGAGAAUGUUGAUAUUGGCAGUGAGCCUAAUGAUUUGAGUCUCGCCAUUGAUUCUCCUGGACUAGCUUUAGUUUCAACUGAGUCAGGUGUUGCCUUGCUUAAUGGUCUGAAAGUAGUGUCAAACACCACUCUUGCAUAUACUGUGACAGCAUCUGUAAUCUCGCCCGAUGGAAGUGAAGCCAUCGUGGGGGGCCAAGAUGGCAAGUUGCACAUAUAUUCGGUCUCUGGUGAAACUCUUAGUAAAGUAGCAGUUCUUGAAAAGCAUAGAGGUGCGAUCAGUGUAAUAGGAUAUUCUCCAGAUCUCUCAAUGUUUGCUUCAGCUGAUCGAAAUCGUGAAGCUGUUGUCUGGGAUCGUGCCUCUAAAGAGAUUAAGCUUAAUAACAUGUUGUACCACACUGCUCGUAUAAAUUGCCUCGCAUGGUCUCCUAAUAGUACUAUGGUGGCUACUGGUUCAUUGGACACUUGUGCCAUCAUUUAUGAAGUUGGGAAGCCUGCUUCAAACCGUGUAACCAUAAAAGGAGCCCACUUGGGUGGAGUAUACGGUUUGGCAUUUACUGAUGACUGUACUUUGAUCAGCUCAGGAGAGGAUGCCUUCAUUCGUGUGUGGAGGUUAGCACCACAGUAGGAUGCAUUAGACACUCCCUGCAGGCUACAAUAUGCAAUGCAGGAUAACUUGCAAAUUAUAAGCCUAAAAAUACGAAAGCACAGCACAGCAGGUAAUUGAUAUAAUUAAUGUGGACAUGUACAAUUGAGUGUGUUUUGAUAAUGAGCUAGAAACUCCUGUCUCUCUGUUUCCCUCUACCCACAAGUAAUGAAUUUUAUUUGGUUAAAAUUGUUAGCAAUAUUUCUUCAGUUUGGGACGGUCAUAUAGGAGACGUCUACUUUUAUGUGUAUAUAGCUAAACGAGCAUAGUAUUCUUUCAGAUGUAAUUUUUUCUUAAUUUUUAUUUUGUGUUGUUUAUUUGAGAGCCUACCAACUGAGAGGCAGAGACCAGUUGUGAUGGCAUAGAGGCUCCAGCAGAGCAGGUAUUGGAAUAACAAAGCAUUAGAGGGAAAGUUUCGAAUAAGACAUUUUCUGAAAGUGGAGGUGAAUCUCUGUUCUAUUUUGUCUUUUUUUUAAUCUAUUUUUAAGGAACUCUGAUUCCCAUUUUGGCAACAGUACUGGUUCCACUUUGUUUUCUCAUUGUCCAUUCUGAAAUAAAAAGAAAAGAUGUUUCAUGCA